GUCUGUCCCGCCUUCUCGCCUCUCUAUAGUCACCUGGGUAUCACGUGAUAUGUAGAUGCCGGAAGUGUCGCGGCCGCCGGUGUUGUGGCUCCCGGUGCGGUGAGGUCGGGGCCGUCAUGUCCAGGAAGCAGAGUGUCCGCUCCCGGCCCGGGAAGAAGGCGGAGCUGGAGAGGAAGAGGGACGAGCGGGCGGCGCGGAGAGCACUGGCCAAAGAGCGGCGGAACCGGGCCGGGGAGGAGGGGGACCCCCAGGAGUUCCUCGGCUUCGCCAAUCAGCUGCAGGUGCUGGGGCUCCGACUACGGGAGGUGCCGGGGGACGGUAAUUGUUUGUUCCGGGCUCUGGGCGAUCAGCUGGAAGGACAUUCCCGGAACCACCUGACCCACCGGCAGGAGACCGUGGACUACAUGGUCAAGCACCGGGAAGACUUUGAGCCUUUUGUAGAGGAUGACGUUCCGUUUGACAGACACGUCGAGAACCUGGCCCAGCCCGGGACCUUCGCAGGUAACGAUGCCAUUGUGGCUUUUGCGCGCAACAACCAGGUGAACGUGGUGAUCCACCAGCUGAACAACCCCCUGUGGCAGAUCCGGGGCUCCGACAAAGGCACCGCGCGAGAGCUGCACAUCGCCUACCGCUACGGAGAACACUAUGACAGCGUCCGCUCCGGCAAGGACAACACCGAGACCCCCGCCCACCUGCAAACAGAGAUGCUUUCCAAAGACGUCUCCAACCGGAAGAGCAAACCCAAGAGCAACGUGCCGGACGAGCAGGCGGAGUGGCGAGAGGAUGCCGUGCAAAAAGUCCGGAACGCCACCGGCUGUGCGGACGCCCGCCUCAUCCUGCAGAGUUUGGAAGCCGAGAGCUACGACAUUGAGUCGACCAUCCAGAUGGUUCUGCAGAUCGAGCAGCUGAAGCAGAUCGGUGAUACAGAUUGUGUAGCCGAGGGCAGUGACUGCUCGUACUCAUCCGCUACCUGGGAGCCAAGUGACUGUGAAGGGUUAGAAACACAAAGAAGAACCCCGACCCCACACAGGGAACCCGCAGAGCACCGGAAACAGAGCCGGCCAACCAGGAGCGAGGAGGACACACAGGAGCAGAACAAGAAGAACAUCAACCAGAAGGUCAGCAACAAGCAGCGGAAGGAUCAGCAGCGCCUGGAGAAGAAGAAGCGCCAGGAGGAGCGACACCGGCAAAAGGUUCAGGAGCAGCGCAGCAAUAACACGGACAAUAACCGCCAGGGAGACGGCGACGCAGUGACCGUGGUGAAGGCGUUCUCCACCCUCAACAUCUGAUCGCACCGGAGCGGGACUCCGCGGGGGAUGGGCGGCACUUCUGGUGCAUGAUGGGAGAUUGCACCAAAUACGGUUACCUAAAGCAACGGUUAAACGAUGUGUGGAACUACAAGUCCCAGCUGUAGGUGCCAGUUACUAGUGCAGGACUGAUCGACCAACUGUAGGGGGAGCUGGCGGGGGAUGCGGAUGGUUAAAUUGGACUUUGAAAAGUUUUAUUUUUUUUUUUUUUAUAAAAAUUCUAUAGAAAUUGUAGGAAUUCUCCCAGGUUUACUGAUCUAUGCAAAAAAAAAAAAAAAAAAAAAAAAACCUUCUUAAAGGGACAGUACGCCGGCAAGCUCGCUCUUCUGUUUGCUGUUCAGUUGAAUACAGUCUAUUGUUCUCUGUUAUCAGCCGGUCAUGUGACCAUAAACUCAGCCUUCACUACUUCAUUUCAUCCAGUAAAGUAGUGUUUCCUAGCCAGUGUGCCUCCAGC